UCUCUCUCCUCUGUCAGUAGAGAUGGACUCCGACAAUACUGACUACGGUUUUGAAGACGAGGAUGAAGUUUUGGGUAUUGAAGACGGAGAUGAUGAACUUGACCUAGCAGAACCAGGACAAAUAAGUCGGCAGGCGUCGCGACCGACCGAGGAUUUUCACUACGAGUGUUUGACUCCAGAGAUAAUCGCGAAGACUAUGAUAGAGAGCAUAGAGGAAGUCAAUGACGUAUUUCAGAUUCCGUCGACUGUAGCGAGACAGCUGCUCGCACAUUACAAUUGGGACAAGGAACGACUUCUGGAGAGAUAUUUCAGUGGUGACCAGGAUAGUCUGUUUGCCGAUGCUCAUGUCAUAAAUCCACACAAAAAGCCAAAAUCAAAAAAAAUUAUUUAUCCGGCUGUAGAAUGUGGAACGAUGAAUUGUGAGAUUUGUAUGUCUGCUGUGAUGCCCAAGGAAAUGACAGGCUUGGAGUGUGGACAUCAGUUUUGUUGUAGAUGCUGGCAGACCUACUUGACAUUCAAGAUCACAGAAGAAGGUGUUGGUCAGAGCAUUAUGUGUCCUUCUCAUAACUGUGAUAUCUUUGUCGAUGAACUAACAGUCUACCGAUUGUUAAAAGACGGAGCCGUAAUUAAGAAGUAUCAAUAUCUUUUGGCCCUUAGUUUUGUCAAGGCUAAUCGUAGCAUAAAAUUUUGUCCGAGUCCUGACUGUCAGAAUGCCAUCAAGGUCUCAUACUUUGAGUCGAGGCCUGUUCGCUGUGAAUGUGGACAUUGGUUUUGUUUUGGGUGUUCUGAUUGUGCUCACGAGCCUGUCAUGUGUGUGUAUCUCAAGAAGUGGAAGAAGAAGUGUGACGACGAUAGCGAAACAUCAAACUGGAUAUCUGCGAACACCAAGGAAUGUCCGAAGUGUCAUAUAACGAUAGAAAAGAACGGCGGCUGUAACCAUAUGGUGUGUCGAAACAUGGGUUGCAAGUUUGAAUUUUGUUGGGUAUGUCAAGGUCCUUGGGAACCGCAUGGAUCAAGCUGGUACAAUUGUAAUCGAUAUGAUGAGAAAGAUGCGCAGGCGGCACGUGAUUCUCAAGCCAAAUCAAGAGCAGUUUUGGAACGAUAUCUUCAUUAUUGCAAUCGUUAUAUGAAUCACUUACAAAGUUCACGUUUUGAGAAAAAGCUUUAUGCGUCUGUCUUACAAAAAAUGGAAGAGAUGCAACAGCAGGGGAUGUCUUGGAUUGAGGUGCAGUUUCUUCACAAAGCGGUGGAUGUGCUGUGUAUGUGUCGGAACACGUUGAUGUAUACGUACGUGUUUGCCUUCUAUUUAAAGAAGACCAACCAGUCUGUUAUCUUUGAGGACAACCAGAAAGACCUUGAGAUGGCGACUGAAACAUUGUCGGGCUAUCUUGAACGAGAAAUCACAACAGAUUCUAUGGCCGAUAUCAAGCAGCAGGUUCAAGAUAAGCUUCGGUACUGUCAACACAGACGGCAGGUGUUGUUAGAUCAUGUGUUUGAAGGUUAUGAACAGGACUGGUGGGAGUACUUGGAAUAGUAACUGAGUUUAGGGGAGACGCGGUGCAGUUGGGUUGCUUUUGUACAGCAUGUCGAUAGUUGAUUUUUAGUAUGUGUGACUGGCAUCUGCACCUUCAAUCAUGAAUUUAUUAUUGAACAAAAGUUGUAGGUAAGCAGUGUUUGUGAUCAGUCGUAAUGUGGUUGUGUCAGCAAAUGGUGUUUGUUUUGUGAGGUGUACAUGAUGAUAUGUGUGAGUGUGUACAUACAGUAGGUAUGAUAUGGUGUA